CAGGCACGCUGCCCUCUCCUCUGUUCAAGCUUUGGAGGGUGUUUGUGCGGAUGAGGGAGCUGAGAAGGGGAUAACUCCAGCUCCACCGCGGCCAGGGAACGUCAGAGAUGCUGGAUAGCGGCAGCAGCAUGAGUGCUCCCCAGCCUGCCAUGCCAGAGCUAAGCCCAGCUGAGGAGGCUAGAGGCCCAGCAGGGAAGGCUGCAGUGGGUGCCCGGGAGAAGGGCCCUCGGCUGGGCCAGCGGCUGCCCUCGAUUGUGGUAGAGCCCAGCGAAGUAGGUGCUGUGGAGAGUGGGGAGCUGCGUUGGCCCCCAGAGGGUGCCCAGAAGGGGUCCACCCACAGCCAGGCUGUUGCUGCCCCCUCACUGAGUCUGCCGGGACUGCCAGGGAAGGCUCCGGAUGACGCCGGCAGCGAGUGUGCCUGCUCCAAGGACCAAGACCCCCCGGCCCAGUGAGAAGACAAGGACAUGGCCAGAUUCUGCUGUCCCAGGGCUCUGCCCACCCUGCCCCUGCUCUCUGACAGUUGAGAGGGCCUCAGCCCCAGGGUGGCCCAACUGACUCACAGAGAGGGCUGGGCCUGCCCAGCACCCAGUGGGCAGAGCCAAGCCACUGCCUCUGGCUGCACCAGACUGGCCAGAACCAUAGCCACUGCCCUCUCCCAUCCACGGCCCAGGGUCUGGGUCACAUCCCUCCUUCU